CAGCUUGCACAAGGAAACUGCCCAGGUGGUGAUCUCCUAAUACGCGCACUACGCCAAAUCGGGUCUGGUCCUUAUCAGCGAACCCGAGGUUCCCUACGUCGUCGUACACGCCUGGGCGGUCUCCAGCUCACAACGGCACCGACAAGAUAGACAAGCGCGUAUGGACAGAGAGGUUUCGUCUCGUUGCCUGAGAAGUACAUGAUGCUAACAUUGCUUACCACCGUAAUGUAUACGCUACCUCUUGCAAUAGUAGCAACUUAAGGCAGACGAACCACACCAAACUUCCGCAAAAAGACACCUUCCAAUGCGAAAAGUGUUGAAGUCGAGAUAUUCCAGGGGCUGGCUUAAAGCGAGUCCCCACAAUCUCAGCUAUCAGCUUAACACUCAAUGAACCACCUCCUACAUCACCCCACAGUCUGAUGUCGCACAACAUCGACCCUCACCUCUCAAGCUCCCUAGCACAACAUAACUCUCCGAUGCAAGCACUGAAAGCAUCCCCACCGCAUCCCUCGCGUCGUGCAACCAAAGACUCGACAGCAAAAGCCUGGUUUGAGCCGGGUACUUGCACCGUGAGCUGCAUGGCCGGUGGAUGCCUGGUGCUUGUGGGGCGAAGAGAACGCAUGGGUGUAAGGUGCAAAGUGCCGAUGCAGGAAAGAACUGGGCUUUGGCGGGCUUGGGCUUUGGCCUUUGCGAUGAUUUACUUUUGUGGGGGAUGGGAUGCUGGAUGUAGAUACGGACGCGAUGACAUAAUGUUGGAGCAAGACCUUUCGGCGUGUUCAGACUCACGAUACGAUGACGAGGCUGAGCUGGGUACUCCGGGUCCUGGCCCGUAUAGCAGUACCAUAAGAGUCAUACUCCACCGACAAACCUUCGAGCUCUUGCUGCCCAAGACAGGAUCUCCGCCCAAACGUUUCUUCUUCCUCUCCUUCGUCCGCUGCAGACGCAGGAAGCCGACCGUAAAAUAUACUCGGAUAGAUGCCUGCGAGCGCCCACAGUCAUGAUUCCACCUCGCUAGCCCACCUUAGAUCCAUGUUUCCUCGCUGCAUCCUCGUUUUGCCUUCGUACGAGCUCGCGAGUCCUGUAGCUAGCUUCCUAUGCCAUGCCAUGCGGCAAUCCCAGCGUCGGGC